AUGGCGUCUGUCGAGGCUCUCUGGGGCCAUGUCAAGACGGGCCUUGACGAGAAACAAGCCUCCGUUGCCGUCGCCGCCAUUGUCACAUUUCUCGUCCUUGUCCUCACAACGAAAGCACUCACCGGAAGUCCAACAACGCUGGACGCAAGCGGAAAACACAGGAUCCCGCCAUCACCGAGCUACUGGCUCCCGUUUUUCGGACAUGUCUUGUCCAUGGGCAACGCUGGCUUUCUGCCCAGCCUGAGGGAUCAGUUCUCAGAAGGCAUCUUCUCCCUGAAAAUGGCCGGCAAGAUGCAUCACUUCAUAUACAAGCCUUCGCUGGCUGCGGCGCUGUUCAACCUGCACCGGCCUGCUGCCGAAGAGCAGAUGCUCGCAAACCGCCUCCUCGGAUCUACGUUUGGCGUGAGCAAGAAAGACGCAGCCAUUUACAACACAAUCUUCCCAGAGGCCCUGGCACUCUAUAAGCAUCUCAGCUCCGAGCCGGGGCUGAGCGAGGUGACCAACGCGGCUGUGUCGCAAGUCAAGCAGACCAUCAAUAGCUUUGUCACGUUCAGCCCAAACCCCAUGGACCAGACCGAGUGGGAGAGGGUGGCCGAUGUCGACGUGAUCGAGGAGAGCGGCCCCGACGGCCCCAUUACCCAGGUCGACUUGAUGGAACUGACGAGAAACUAUGUCGCGACAACGGCGAUUCCGGGCAUCUACGGCACUGAUUUCGUCGAGAACUUCCCCGACCUGUGGAAAUGGAUGUGGAUAUACAACGAGGCAUUCGUGCUCAUGGCCACAGGCGUUCCGGCGUGGGUCCCCUGGCCGCGGCUUCAGCGCGGAAAGCUGGCCCGGAGACGCCUCUUGGGCUAUCUGUACGAGUUCAACGAGGCCAUGGAGCAGCACAUGGACGGGCAGGAAACCGACCCCAAGUGGCAGAACCUCGACAACGUCAGCGAGCUGGUCAGGAGCAGGAUUGCGCUGUUCAGAGAACACGGUGUGUCGCUUGAUGGGCGUGCGUCCUUUGAUCUGGCACUGCUGUGGGCUUCGGUUGCAAAUUCCAAUCCUCUUAUCCCGUGGAUGCUUUAUGAGCUAUACAGAGACCCUGUACUUCUGGAGCAGGUUCGCGAAGAGAUUGGGCCGUAUGUCAGGGCCGUGCAGCCAAAGAACGAGUUUGGAGAUGCCGUCUGGGUGCCGCCGGUGCUGGAAGACGUGGAUGUUGACGGGCUAAUCACCAAAUGCCCUCUUCUCAAGGCCUCGUACAUCGAGACUAUGAGGGUGUACGCUUGCGGAUGGGCCAUGAAGCUGAUGUACAGCGACACGGUGCUGGAAGAAAAAGGAAAAGGCGGAGCUUCAUACUUGUUGAAGAAGGGAACCUAUGCGCAUGUUCCUCAGGAGCUGCAUCACUUUGAUCCAAAGUACUUUUCAAAUCCAACGGAGUGGCAGGCUGAGAGACAUAUCCGCGAGACAGUGGAUGAGAGCGGGAACAAGGUGCUGACGGCGGAGCUUGGGACAAUGAGGCCAUAUGGUGGUGGCCUGAAGAUGUGCAAGGGAAGGCAAUUUGCGUUGCGAGAGAUGCUGCUUUAUACAGCUGCCAUCAUCACGUUCUAUGAUGUGCAGCCGCCCAAGGGGGGACCGUGGCCUGUGCCGAAGACGAGGAAACUUGUUGCGAAUAAGCAUCCGAAGAAGCCGCUCAAGGUCUGGAUCAAGCGGAGGAGGCUGCCGACGGAGGGCGAGGUAAGGUGA